AUGCAAUCGCAAAAUGUCAGCGGAGAGACCAAACGUGACAUAACUGUUGUGUCAGGCCUUUAUGUUGAAGAAACAUACAUGGGUCCAUCUUUCGAGGCCGACAGUGUUGUGAGCAGCAGUGCUACGCAGGGCAAAGUGCUUUCCGUUGAUUCCUUAGCCGUGAAUGCAUCUUGGGAACUAGAUUUCCAUGGCCCAGCCAUCAGCUGCUCUACCGUCAAUCUGACACUCGAAACUGCUAUUACAGAUGAUGUUGUAUCUGCCAUUAAUGCAUCAGCUUCCCUUGCUUCCGGCACAUCGGGGCGAUCUAUGGCUGCAUAUGGUUUUCUCUCAUGGGUACCAUACGACUCCUCCCUGAAUGGAUCGCAACCAUUUUAUGGAGUCAACAAAUGGUCCUCAACUACACCGACUCCACGAUACUCCUAUAUCGGACCCACAACAGGAUCACGCAAAACGAAUUAUUCGACUCAUGGAGAUGUUUCUUGGUCAAAUUCAUCGCCAUCCCCGCUGUCCUUCUUUGUCGCAACUUUUCCUCAUAUGCAGGACUCAAGUUACAAAGACGCAAGCUUAAUGUGGCGUACAGCCUUGGAUCCAAAUAUUAUACAGUGCGCUUUAUACAAUGCUUCGUACGAUGUCGAUUUCACUGUCGAAAAUGGCAUGACAGGGGCUCAUAUCACGAAAAGGAAGCUUCUGAAUAGUAUCGAGUACAUGGACAUAAUCAGAGUGAAAGCUAGUAGCAGCACUGGCUCGGAUGACGAAAUCGAAGACGAAAUAAGAUCAUACCGAGCACUUUACGAGUCUCUUUCGUAUCAAGCGGUGAUGGAAAGCUUCUCACGUUUGCUUGUUGGCUCAAUCACUGGAGAAUUCAACCAGCAGAAUUCCACAGAUACGUCCUCGGACAGUGGACCAAAUGCUCUCAAACCGAACAUGACAAACUUAAAUACGGAAAGUAGUGUCAUGUUAACGGCAUUAUCCAACGCGAAGGAACUGGUUCUCAUCAAGGCAUCAAGCAACCAGGUAGACGCCCGAGAUAGUUUCGCGACUAGCUGGUUGAAAAAUUCGAUCGAUAAAGAGGCCUCCAACAACGCAUCUCUUUCAAUAAUGGAAGCCUUAGAAGAGAUGUUUCAAAACACGACUCUUUCCCUCAUGACCUCUCCAAAUUUCCAACCGAAUUACUCUCUACCAUCAUCGCCAGGGAACAUCUCUGUAACUAUUUCUUCAUAUGAGACUGUCUAUACCUAUUCGAGGGCUAUAUUUUGGACUGCAUACGGCGUUGCCAUUGGUGUCACCCUUAUGGGAGUUGCUUUAGGCUUAUACGUCUACGAGGUCAACCACGGCUCAUAUAUCACAAACUUCUCGACUGUCUUGCGUGUCAUUCAAAACGCUAAUAUCGGAAUUCCAUUGCAAGCAGAGGACUGUAGUGGUAAGGAGCCUAUUCCAGGGUUAAUAGCCAAUGCAACGAUUUCUUUCGCUCAAGGCAACCGACGAGAGGAUGCGUUUGAGCAGACUCGAGAUGCUACAGUCAUUAAUGACGACCCACCACCCUACAUAUCCAUCAGGGGUUUGCGUGAUGAUGCUCACUACUCUGAAGAUCAUGAUAAUGACACCGAGGAGGGGGGACAUGGGGAACUUCAACUUGAAAAUCAUGAUGCUGAAAUGGGAGAAACCCACGAACCUGUUUCUCCGCUUUCAAGCUGGGGAGCUACAACCAUGUCAAGGGUUUCAUCACUAGACCGUCAAAUUGGACAUCAUUUUUAG